AUGGCCGAGGAGGAAAAGAAGAACGAUGAGAAGGGCGAUCACAUCAACCUGAAGGUGAAGGAUCAGGACAACUCGGAGGUCCACUUCAAAGUCCGGCAGACGACUAAAUUUUCGAAGAUCUUCGACGCGUUCUGCGCGCGCAAGUCUCUUCAACCGGACUCCGUGCGCUUCCUCUUCGACGGGCAGCGCGUGAACGCGAACAUGACCCCGAAGGACCUGGACAUGGAGGACGGCGAUUCCCUCGACGCGAUGAUGGAGCAGGUCGGCGGAUUCUAG